GCAGCUUAUUUUGUUCUUUUUCCAGUGUGUCAGAGUAUAAUCUCUACCUUUAUUACUAGCUCUGUCUCUUUACUUCUCCCAUAUAUAUUUCUUUAAUUCAGUCCCCAAUUUUCUCUUUGAGAACUGAAGUUACUGAGCCUUAUCAGUACUCAGUCACACUUGGCAUACUCAUGGAGCUGUCUCAUUUCAUACAAACUUCCCAGGUAGAGAAUGUCUGUGUUUAUUGUCCCUUAUCGGCGCCGAAGACAGGAACCCUGUGUGUGAGCAGCCAUCACCUGCUGCUCUGCCCAGCUAAUGAAGAGAAUACAAAGCAGCAGCAAUCUGACUUCUGGCUGCUACACUGUGCUGUAGAUACAGUAGAAAAGAGUGUCCUUAACAUGGGAAUGUUCAACAAUAGGGGCGAUGAGUCAGGCAAAAGAGGCAUGGGAACGCUCACCCUAAGGUGUAAAGAUUUACGUGUCAUACAUCUGGACAUUCCAGGCAUGGAGGAGACACUCGACAUUGCACGCUCUAUACAGGCUUUGUCAUCACAAGAUCACAUUCAGUUGAGCUACCCAUUUUUCUUCAGACCUCCUGGGUACACACUGGGAAAAGGAUGGCCACGAGAUACCACGGAAAACUUCUUCCAGAGGUUGAAAGCUGAGACAGACUCCUGGAGACUAAGUGAAGUGAAUGAAGGUUUUAAGGUUUGUCUUAGUUACCCAACGAAGGUCAUAGUACCCCAAUGCAGCUCCGAUGACUCUUUGAGGAAAGCAGCAAACUUCAGGCAAGGUGGCAGGUUCCCAAUCCUCAGCUAUUUUCACAGAAGCAAUGGAACGGUCUUGCUUCGCUGCGCACAACCUCUUUUUGGCCCUGAUCACCAUUACUGUAAGGAGGAUGAGGCGCUGUUGAAGGAAGUUCUGGUAGGCCAAUCAUCAGGAUUUAUUAUUGACACUCGUUCUGCAAAGCAAGCCAAACAGGCACAGAGUGCAGUAGGUGGAACAAAAAAACAGUCUAGAUACCCCAACUGGAAGCUUCUACACCGACCUCUAGAAAGGGGACGAGAUCUGCAGGAGAGCCUGACACGGUUGGUGGCUGCAUGCUAUGAGCCAUCCCCAGGGAUGGGCCACUGGCUAAGCAAGUUACAGGCUUGCCGUUGGAUGUCCAAUGUCCAGGAAGCCCUAAGAACUGCUGGACUAAUUGCUGAGUGUAUUGAGAGGGAGGGAGCAUGUGUGCUUGUACAAGGAGAAAGGGGAACUGACAAUACCUUGUUGAUGACAUCACUUGCUCAACUCAUUCUGUCACCAGAGUGCCGCACAAUGGAUGGAUUUCAGGACCUAAUUGAGCGUGAGUGGCUACAAGCCGGACAUCCCUUUCAGCUUCGCUGCGCAGGAUCAGGAUGGUCCCAGGGCCGUUCUCAGCAGGAGUCACCUAAUUUUUUGCUAUUUCUUGACUGCUGCUGGCAGCUUGGCCGACAAUUUCCACGGUCCCUAGCAUUUAAUGAAGCACUCCUGUGCAUACUGGCACAUCAUGCCUACAGCUCAGAAUAUGGAACUUUCCUGUGCAACAAUGAGAGUGAGAGGAAUCUGUAUGAAGUGCAGGACCGGACGAUCUCUCUGUGGGGUUUCCUCAACGACCCCAAGCAGCGGUGCCAACUACAGAACCCAAUGUAUGAUGAAAACCUCCUUGUCAUAUGGCCAUCUGUGGCACCACAAAGCCUACAGCUAUGGGGAGGUUUCUUUCUCAGACACUUGUUUUCCCAAGAAGACACACAACUAGCUAGGAAUCGCAUGGUCAAGCUCAUUGAUGAAGUAGAGUCCCACUGAAUGAAAGUCUUAAAUUUGCCUCAAAAAUCAUGCAAAAACUAUUACCUCAAGGGAGAUUUCACAACCAACAGCCCAUUUUAGAAUUGAAACAGAUUUAUUUUCUUAUGUAAAAUGAUGUAAAGUGAUUGAGAAGUGAACAAAGCAGAACAUAUGUCUUAUGACGUAAUUCUUCACAGCAACUAUGGUUACCAUACCCAACAUUGAGGUAGCAUCCA